AUGCCUCAACUUACCGAGCCAACCAAUUUGCCCGAUCCCCAAUAUAAUUCCGGUGAUUUCGUCUUUCUUAACUCGACAAUCCGUCAAACAUUCCGGGUAUCGAUUGGAGGAGCCAAACUACGAUUACGUUUGUCGAACGUCUUUGGCGUUACAGAUCUGUCUGUCACCGAAGUAACAAUUGCUCUCCCAGAGAGUGGAUUGCAAGGAAAUCCGGUGAUUCAGCUGGAGAAAUUACGCGCAGUAACCUUUUCCGGUCAAUCUAGCUUCACUAUCCCUGCUGGGGGACUGGUUAUCUCAGACGCCAUCGACUUCACUGUUAAGCCACUGGCAGUUCUGAGUGUGAGCAUUUACCUUCAACAGGGACAGAAGGGAGGAGCAAUUACCGGACACCCGGGCAGUCGAGUGAAUAUCUUUAUGACUCAUGGCAACCAAACUCACGCGACAAAUCUGACAGGGACAGCUGUUCAGAGCAUUGCUCAUUGGUACUAUAUUAGUUCUGUAGAAGCCUGGUCACCAGUCCAAUCAAGGGCAUUCGUCAUCAUUGGAGACAGUAUCACAGAUGGCCGUGAAAGUGACACGGACAAGGACAAUCGUUGGCCGGACUUAGUUGUCAACAGGAUGCAAAACAAUCCAUCAACAUCUUGUAUCGCGGUUCUCAAUCAAGCUGCUGGGGGAAACCGUAUUCUUCAAGACGGCCUCGGCCCUAACGUCAUCAGCCGUGUCGACCGAGAUAUCCUCUCUCACUCUGGCGUGAAAUAUGCGAUGAUUUUCGAAGGUAUCAACGACAUCGGAAUGGCUGACGCCGACGAGGCCACACAGAAAACCUUGGGUGACAAUCUAAUUGCAGCAUACACACAAAUCGCAGCUCGGAUCCGCACACAGGGUAUCCCAUUUUUUAUAGCAACAAUAACCCCGUUUAAUACUCCCUCUAUUAGCAACGUGGCACAUCCGUAUUCCAACCCAGUCCGGGAGCAAACCCGCCAACGCAUCAAUAAUUGGAUUCGCACCAGUGGCGUCUUCGAUGCUGUGCUGGAUUUUGACAAGUUAUUGCGAGAUUCAAAUAACCCGUCGAUACUUGCGGCUCAAUAUGACUCUGGUGAUCAUUUGCAUCCGAAUAUUGUCGCCUUUCAUGCUAUUGCCAAUGCUUUCCCGUUAGAGAUUUUUGAUGUUUUUGAUGGCGGAGUUUAUGGUUACAACUGA